AUGGUUCCGCCGGCCGGUCCAACCCCAGCGAACCCGCAACUGAUUCAGCAGUUCCUGAGCUCAGUCCUCUCGCAGCGCGGCCCCUCGUCCCUCCCUUACUCCGAAGACACCAAAUGGCACAUCCGCAACCACCUCGUCUCUCUCACCACCGCCUACCCCUCCCUCGACCCCAAAACGGCGACGUUCACCCACAACGACGGUCGUUCCGUCAACCUCCUCCAGGCCGAGGGCACCGUCCCCAUGUCGUUUCAAGGCGUCACCUACAACAUCCCCGUCAUCAUCUGGCUCAUGGAGUCCUACCCCCGCCAGCCGCCCGUCGUCUACGUCAACCCCACGCGCGACAUGAUCAUCAAGCGCCCUCACGCCCACGUUACUCCCUCUGGUUUGGUCUCAAUCCCUUACCUGCACAAUUGGGUCUACCCGAGCUCCAAUCUUGUCGAGCUCGCCAAGAAUCUCAGCGCUGUCUUUGGUCAAGACCCGCCUCUGUUCUCUCAGCGCAGGCCCAAUCCCAAUCCCAAUCCCAAUCCAAACCCUAACCCUAACCCUAAUCUGGGUCAUUCCUCCUCGGCGAUUUCGAAUUCAGGUUAUUCCAGCUAUUCGGGCUAUUCGGGAUCUUCAGGCUCGGUUACUCCUGCCCGCCCCGCGAUCCCCCCGAGGGCGUACCCGCUGUCCCCGUAUGGAAGCAGCGGGUCGUUUUCUCGGGUUCAGACCGAGGAUCCGAACGAGGUUUUCAAGCGAAACGCGAUCAGUAAGCUUGUGGAGAUCGUGCACGGCGAUGUGGCCGGGUUGAGGAAGACGAGGGAGGCAGAAAUGGAAGGCUUGUUCAAUGCGCAGGCCGAGCUGAGGCAGCGGUCUGAGCAGCUUAGCAAAGGUUUGAAGGAGAUGGGGGACGAGAAGGAGGGUUUGGAGCAGCAAUUGCAGAUGGUGUUGAUGAAUUCAGACGUUUUGGAGGGGUGGCUGAGAGAGAAUGAGGGGAAAGCUAGGGGCAGGUUGAAUGGUGUCAAUGUGGACGAUGCAUUCGAAUGCGUAGACGUGCUUUCGAAGCAAAUGUUGGAUUGUACGGCCUCUGAUUUGGCUAUAGAAGAUGUUGUGUAUUCCUUAGAUAAGGCAUUGCAAGAUGGGGCAAUACCCGUUGAUGAGUACUUGAAGAAUGUGAGGUCUUUGUCGCGCAAGCAGUUCUAUGAUCGCGCUACGGCAGCGAAAGUCAGGGCUGUCCAAAUGCAAUCACAGGUUGCAAAUAUGGCGUCUAGGCUUUCACAUUAUGUUGCCUCAUAG